AUGUUGAAACUAUCUUCAAUCAAUAGAAUGGCUACUUUGACAAGAUUUUAUUCAUUGAAAAGUAAAAAAAUUAUAUUGGAUGCAAGCAAUCUGGAAUUCACCAAAAGAAAUGAGAUUAUUUUAAAAAAUUUACAUAAAUAUUACCCAUCGAUUUCAAGAUUGGAUAAUGAUAACUCAGUCGAUGCAUAUCAAAAGAUCUCAAUUAAAAAAUUUAAUGAAACUUAUUCAAAUUUAGAUAAUGAUAAUUCAGAGGUGAAAUUAUCGAUAUAUGGAAGGAUUAAAAAAAUUAGAUUCUCAGGUAAAAAAAUAUGUUUUAUCGAUUUAAUAAAUAAUUAUAAUAAACAAUUACAACUAAUAGUAAACUAUAAUAAUAUUCAAAAUAUUAAUAAUGAACAAGAAUUUUAUGAAGUACUACAUUUUUUGAAAAAUGGUGACUAUAUACAGAGUUUUGGUUUCCCAGGUUUGUCACAAUCAAAGUUUAAGACAUUAUCAUUAAAAUGUAAUAGAUUACCAAUUAUAAUAUCGCCUGCACAAUUACCACUACCUCCAAAGUUGAACGAUCAUAAUAAAAUUAAAAAUAAUAGGGUCAUUGAUUAUCAAGUAAAUGGUAUUUCGACAAUUAUAUUAAGAAGUUUCAUAAAUAAACAAAUAAGAAAAUUUCUAGAUGAAAGAGAUUUCGUGGAAGUUGAAACACCGAUCCUAUCUAGACAGAGUAAUGGAGCAAUCGCUAAACCGUUCGUAACAAAACUAUCUAGUAGUAUAGAGAAUGGUAAAGAAAAAUUACUACAAUUAAGGAUCGCUCCAGAACUAUGGUUGAAAAGAUUAGUGGUGGGAGGUAUUGAUAGAGUCUAUGAGAUAGGUAAAGUGUUUAGAAAUGAAGGUAUUGACCAAACACAUAAUCCUGAAUUUACAACAUUAGAAUUUUAUCAAUCGUAUGCAUCUAUGGAGGAUUUAAUAAAACAGGCAGAACAAUUGUUUAAAUAUAUCAUAACAAGUUUACACGAGUCAGAGAUCGUUAAAGAAAGUGUGAGAUGUAAAGAGAUAGUUGAUUCGUUAUAUAAUACUCUAAGUGAAAAUGAUUGGAGAUUUAAUCGAAUUGAUUUUUUACCAACCCUAACAAAGGAAUUCAAUAAUGAGAUCAAUUUUAAUGAAAUCGAUCUAAAUGAUCCAACAGCAAUAUUAGAUUGCUUACCAGAACAUGUUAAAGCAGAGUUAUUUCAAGGUGUGUCUCAAAAUAAACUUUCUCCCCAACAAAUAUUAAACAAAUUAUGUUCCCAUUUCAUUGAAAAAAAGUAUUGUAAUAAUUUAUUACCAACAUUAAUAUGUAAUCAUCCAACAGUGAUGUCCCCAUUAUCUAAAACAGAUGCAAUGAAAGGAAAUGUAUCAAAAAGGUUUGAAUUAUUUAUUAAUGGUACAGAAUUCAUAAAUGCAUAUGAAGAGGAAAAUUGCCCGCAAUUGCAAGAACAAAAAUUUCUACAACAGAAGAACUCUAGUGACUGUUAUGGUGAUGAAGAAGCUCUUCCUAUUGAUAAUAAUUAUAUUGAAUCUAUGAAAUGGGGAAUGCCACCAAUUGGCGGCCUCGGUUUGGGUAUAGACAGAUUAUGUAUGUUGUUACUCCAUAAAACUCGUAUUGAAGAAGUUUUGUCCUUUGGUACUCUAAGUGAUGUAAAUAGACAAUAA